AUGUCAUCGUUGGGUAAUAAAGUUAUCGCAAUCACUGGCGGAGCCUCUGGCAUUGGUCUUGCCACGGCAAAGCUUUUGAUAGCCAGAGGAGCAUCAGUAGCGAUAAGCGAUAUCGAUGAAAGAAAUUUAAGCCUGGCAAAGGCCUCUCUGCCAUCCGCUGCCACAACCCUUCUCGAUGUGCGAAAUUCCAAAGCCGUCACGAGAUGGAUCGAUGCCACCAUUGAACGGUUCGGACGUCUCGAUGGAGCAGCCAACCUGGCUGGCGUCUCCGGAAUCGGUGGUCUUGUCCAAGAUGAGGCGGAUGAUCUGUGGGAUCUCGUGGUUGGAGUGAACGCCAAAGGCGUUUACAAUUGCCUCAGAGCACAGAUCCCACGAAUCUCAGACGGCGGCAGUAUUGUGAAUGCCGCCAGUGUCGCUGGACUGGUGGGCAUUGCGCAAGGGGCAUCUUAUACUGCUAGCAAGCACGCUGUUGUUGGCCUGACCAGGUGUACUGCGAGAGAAAAUCCAAAAAUCCGGAUAAACGCAAUUGCUCCUGGGGUCAUCGCAACGCCUAUGACUGCGGCGGUCGACAAGGACAUUGAUACGGACAGCUUGCUUGGAAGACAGAUUCAAAGACGAAUGGGGACACCGGAAGAAAUGGCGGAAGCCAUUGCCUUCCUUCUCUCCGACUCUUCAGCCUUUACUACAGGAUCGGUCUAUUCUGCUGAUGGGGGUUACACUGCUUGA